AUGGGCGGCCCAGAGAGGGCUCUCCUCGGCGGCUUCAGCACCACCACCUCUUCCCUGGAGGUCAGCGGGCGGAUGGCUUGGCCCAGCAUUAACCCCCUGGACCUCAACCAGACCCUGCCGUGGGGGAUGGGCGGCGGCGGAGGGGCGGCGGCGGCGGCGGCCAUGAGCGCAGGUCUGGACAAUUUCACUCAGGAGUCGGUCACCAGGGCGGCGAUGAAGGAGAAGAACUGGCCGGCGCUGCUCAUCCUCGUCAUCAUCGCGCUGACGAUCGGCGGCAACAUCCUGGUGAUCCUGGCGGUGUCGCUGGAGAAGAAGCUCCAGAACGCCACCAACUUCUUCCUGAGGUCGCUGGCCGUGGCGGACAUGCUGGUAGGCAUCCUGGUCAUGCCAGUCUCCCUCAUUAACAUCCUCUACGACUACACCUGGCCUCUCCCCAGCGCCCUGUGUCCCAUCUGGAUCUACCUGGACGUGCUGUUCUCCACGGCCUCCAUCAUGCACCUGUGUGCCAUCUCCCUGGACCGAUACGUGGCCAUCCGCAACCCCAUCGAGCACAGCCGCUUCAACUCCAGGACCAAAGCCAUGAUGAAGAUCGCCGCCGUGUGGACCAUCUCCAUAGGCGUGUCGAUGCCGAUCCCGGUGAUCGGCCUCCACAACGAGGACAAGGUCUUCGUCAACGGCAGCUGCGUCCUCAACGAGGAGCGCUUCAUGCUGAUUGGCUCGUUCGUGGCCUUCUUCAUCCCGCUGGUCAUCAUGGUGGUGUCGUACUGCCUCACCAUACAGGUGCUCCAGAGGCAGGCCACUGUCUUCCUGUGCGAGGCGAAGACGUCGUCCCAGCAGCCUUUGCACACGCCAGCAAUGACGAAUACAGAGUUGAAGGCCCCGCCUCCCCGCAGCAGACGCAACACCCUGAGCUGUCUGAAAGGAGGAAACGAGCCCGGCGUCCUGCUCGGCGCCUCCACGACGGACAGCCUCGGCAUCAUUCCCGGCUCGGAGGCGGCGUCUCAGCUCAGCUCGCCGGCCGCGGGGCCCGGGCGGAGCGACGCGUCGGGUUGCCACGGGCGACGGGGCAUGAUGCAGGCCAUAAAGAACGAGCGGCGGGCCUCCAAGGUCCUGGGAAUCGUCUUCUUCCUCUUCCUCAUCAUGUGGUGCCCCUUCUUCAUCACCAACGUCACCUUCGUCCUGUGCCGCGGCUCCUGCAACGAGUCUCUGCUGAACGACCUGCUGAACGUGUUCGUGUGGGUGGGCUACAUCUCCUCGGGGGUCAACCCUCUGGUCUACACCCUGUUCAACAAGACCUACCGGAGGGCCUUCUCCAGCUACAUCCGCUGCCGCUACAACGUCGGGGCCAACGCCGCCGGACUGAGUUGCAAGACCCUCCUGGUCCCGCCGCCGUCGUGCUCGUCGCACGCCGUGACCCCCCUCCUGACGGGCGGCCACGGGAAGUCCGGCGUGGACCGCAACAGCAACUUUCGCAACGGCGGGCGGGGGGUCAACGGGAAGCCGGCGGUGGACCCGGAGGACGCGACGGACGACGAGUCGCACGCGGCGUCGCGGAGCCUCUCCGACUGCCUCGCCGCCGCCGCCGCGCUCUCGGAGACGGAGCUGGAGACGGAGGCGGAGCUGGAGCUGUCGCUCAUCAGCUACGGCCCCGCCUCCAGAGAACACACCAGCAGCGUGUGA